GGCGACGCGCCGCCGCGCUGCCCCCACCCCCGUUCCUCCGUUCCCUCCCGAGGCGCCGCUCGUCGCUAUGGAGACGUCGGAGCGUCGCAACGUGACAUCAGCACCGGCGGCGGCCGAGCCCAGCGGGGUGCCGGGCCGCGGCGGGAGCUCGGCCGCGGCGGGGGGUGGCGGCGGCGGUCGCGCUGCCGGGCCAGCCCGGUACAGCCUGGGAACGCGGGAGCUGCUGAGAGUGAUGAUGGAGGAGUCGAAGCUGACACGUUUCCAGAGGCGAUACCUGAUGGACUGUGUGAAACGAGGAGAUACCCUGCCCCUCCAGUGCCACCCCACAUCCACCAAAGAGCCAGCGCCUGCAGCACCUGCUUUCCCCCCAGCAGUUUGUCAGCCAUGCAGGCUUUCAGCUAAACCGCAUCUCCGACCUGCCAACAUCUGCCAGGCAGGAGAUGCCUACACCCGAGAGAAAUUCAAGCCACGGGCAAGGCGAGAUUUGGAAAAGGAGAAGCAAAGACUACAAAACAUCUUAGCGACAGGGAAGGAUGUGGUGGAGCACAAAGUGAAGCAGACACUAGUUCAGACAAAGGAAGAGGAGAUACCUGAGCCCGACCGGUUUGAAGAAUUGGUGAAUGAAGUUCAGGAGAGGAAGGAGUUCCUGGCAGAGAUGGACGCUUUAGGACAGGGCAAGAAGUAUCGAAGGAUUGUCCUCACUGAAAUCUCACAGAAAAUGCGUGAGAUGGAGAUCAUUGACAAGAAGAGAAGUGAGGAAAUGAGAGAGAUCAUGACAAAAGACAUCUUCCCUGGUGGGGACAAAUCCGAUCCCCAUGACUAGGCCAAGGGAAAAAACCAGAAGCGCAGUUUGUUCCCAUCUCUUCUUCCCAGACUCUUGGCAUCAGAGUCUGAAGGGCUGGUCUGUGUCUGUGCCGAAGAGGGGGCAGCACCACCUGUUGCCUAAAGCCAGAAGGCAGGAGUAAUUUGUACAUACCUGGUAACAGAAAAAAGCUGUUGUAAAAUCCUACCCCCGCACCGGAUCCCUUCUUGCUCAACAAUAUUAAAGAGAUGAAAACACACAGCAGCAGCUACCAAAACAUGACAAAGCAGAGCCUCCUUUUGCCUAUGCAAUGCCUCGGAGUACAGCAAUACACCAAUAAAAAUGUCACUCCUUUCCAUCCACCAAGAGGACAUUACGACAGCAUGAUAACUGUCUCACAUCUACGACCCGCUCCUGUCCCCACGACCCUGGGAAUGGCUGUGCUGGCAGACAGCGCAGAGGAAGAUGCAGCUGCAUGGCCUUGCGCAAACAUGAGCCUCCGGCAUUACUGCAGGUCAGCACGAUUGUGUGCAUCAGCAAACUUCUCAGUGGCAGCUGAACUGGGCAGGCACUGAGGAGAGAGAGGGGAUUUCAGCCCAGGACAUGCUGCUCUCUGCUGUGGUUUUUUGGUUCCUAAAAGCAUGGUAUGCACAAUAGCCACAAGCUUCCCACUGAGCCUGGAAAUGGCUGUUUGCUUAUCUCAUAUGUACCCCCCACCUCUGUCCUCUAGCAGCCUGAAGCACGAUGCCCUGCUGUUCCUGUGCAAAUCCCAGCAUAAAGUCUGCCUCCCAAUUUCCUUAAGAUUCCAUCUGCUUCUUAGCAAUACUCUUGUCAGCCACUGUCCAAAGUCAGGCAGCAUGCCCUGUC